UAAGGGCUCGCGCACACUAUAGCUGAAAGCGGAGCUGAAAUCGGAGCUGAUAGCUGAUUUAUAAGCUCUGAAAAAACAAACACACUGCACCGGUGCAAGUGCGCACAUUGCAGACUGAACUGAGCUGAAAGCUGAAAAAGCUUUCUAAAAUCAGCUCAGCUUAGUUUGAUCGAUCAAGCAUGUUUGUUUUUUCAGCAAGCUGAUUGCUGAUUUCAGUACUGAACGAAAAUGGACUGUGAAAUGUUAUUGAGUGAAAUUGCGGUGAACCCGGUCUUAUGGAACAAGCGUGAUAAAAAUUAUUCGAAUCGUUUGAUUUUCGAAAAAACCUGGCAGGCGAUUUCAAAUAAAUUGGGAAAACCAGCGGAGCAGUGCAAAAAAAAGUUUAAGUAUUUAAAAGACGAAUACCGCAAGGCCCAGCGAAAUGUGCCAAGACCCGCAUCAGGAGCAGCAGCAGCAGAGCCUCACAUUUCCAAAUUUAAAUAUUUUAAUUUAAUGCACUUUUUGAGGGAUGAUUUCGGUGGAGAAACCGACGGAAAUAUAGGAGGCACAUACAUCGAACUAAUGGACGACACAUCAAUGCCAUAUAGUGCUGAACUCUAUAGUGUGCGCGAGCCCUAA